CAAUUAAUUGAGAGGCUAAUUGAAUUGUUCUCCAGAAUCCAGGCUCCUUCCUUGCUUGGCAGACUAAAGUUUGAAGUAUACGCGCGUAGCCUUUCUUGUAGUGUUGUUGCGUAGUGGUCCGUCACUCUUUUCCGUUCUACUGGCUCAUUCACAAAAUACGUCUAUAAAUAGGACUCCGUGUUUCGCUUCCCCACCUCGAUCAAUGUUUUCUUUCUAUCUAUUUAUCGUCCAACAGAGAGAGAGAGAGAGAGUGGUGGUGAAUCUGGUGAUGGAGAUAUCUGGUGCUUCUUCUCCAUUAUUGUUAUUGAUUAAUGUGCUCAUCAUCUUCCUCUGCUUUUUGGUUUCUGUUUCUGCUGCGUCGAGAUUGACAGAGGCGGAAUCCCAAGAUGUGAAGCGUAGGACUCUGCUCGCCAAUGGACUCGGCAAGACCCCUCCCAUGGGGUGGAAUAGCUGGAAUCACUUCAACUGCAAGAUAGACGAGAAGAUUAUCAGAGAAACAGCUGAUGCUCUGGUGUCAACUGGGCUUGCCAAGCUUGGCUAUAAGUAUGUUAAUAUAGAUGACUGCUGGGCUGAGAUCUCUCGCGAUGACAAGGGAAAUCUAGUGCCCAAGAAGUCGACCUUUCCAUCAGGGAUUAAAGCUCUGGCUGACUAUGUUCACAGCAAGGGACUUAUGCUAGGAAUCUACUCAGAUGCAGGGUACUUCACCUGUAGCAAAAUGAUGCCAGGUUCACUUGGUCAUGAAGAACAAGAUGCCAAAACCUUUGCCUCAUGGGGUAUUGAUUAUUUGAAGUAUGAUAAUUGCAAUAAUGAUGGUUCAAAGCCAACCAUUAGGUACCCUGUAAUGACCCGAGCUCUGAUGAAGACCGGCCGCCCAAUCUUCUUCUCUCUAUGUGAAUGGGGGGAUCUACACCCAGCUCUCUGGGGUGCUAACGUAGGGAAUAGCUGGAGAACUACCAAUGAUAUUGCAGAUAAUUGGGAUAGCAUGGUGUCUAGAGCUGACAUGAAUGAAGUCUAUGCUGAUCUUGCAAGGCCUGGUGGUUGGAAUGAUCCAGACAUGCUUGAGGUAGGAAAUGGGGGGAUGACUAAAGAUGAAUACAUUGCCCACUUUAGCAUAUGGUCCAUUUCUAAGGCUCCUCUUCUUAUUGGAUGUGAUGUGAGAAAUGCAACCAAAGAAACUAUGGAGAUCAUCUCAAAUAAGGAGGUUAUUGCAGUUAACCAGGAUCCACUUGGUGUUCAGGCAAAAAAAGUUAGAAUGGAGGGAGAUCUAGAGGUUUGGUCUGGACCUCUUUCUGGUUAUAGGACUGUUGUCCUCCUAUUCAACCGAGGUUCAUCACGUAAUCCUAUUACUGCUAACUGGGAUGACAUAGGCAUCCCACCACACAGCCUGGUUAAGGCAAGAGAUCUUUGGGAGCACAAGACUCUGAAGACACGAUUCGCGGGUAAUUUGACAGCCACUGUGGAUUCUCAUGCAUGCAAGAUGUAUGUGUUGACACCAAUUUCUUGAGUACCCUUCACAGGGGGAAUAUCAGUGAUGAGGUUAUUCCCUAGUUACCUGAUGUAAAAAAAUGAUGAUUGAAGAGUCUCCCUAUUGAUUUGAUAAUGCAGAAAGUGAUGGAACUAUCCUCUUUAUUAUAUUUAGCUUCCUUAGUUUCUUCCUACUGAUGGAUAUGAAGGGUUGCAAUUCCCUAUUAACAAUGAACAUCU